AUGGCUUCCGCAUUGAACAAACGGCAGCAAGCGCGCAACGAGCGUGCGCUGCAAGAGCUGAUCAAGACUGUCCCCGGAAAUGGCACAUGUGCAGACUGCGGCGCGAGGAAUCCCGGAUGGGCAAGUUGGAGUUUGGGCAUAUUCUUGUGCAUGCGAUGCGCAGCCUUACACCGCAAGCUCGGAACACACAUCUCCAAGGUCAAAUCGCUGAGCAUGGACAAGUGGGACAACGCGCAAGUCGAUAACAUGAAGCGCAUUGGCAAUAUCGAGUCGAACAGAAUAUACACUCCACGAAACAACAAAGCCCAGACGCCCAUCGAUGUCGACGAGGUGGAUAGUGCCAUGGAAAGAUACAUACGGCAGAAGUACGAGCAGCGAGCAUACAUGAACGACCCCCGAUUAGGCACGCAGCAGAAUACGGGCAGCACGAGUUCCGACGAUAGGCCACCACCACUCCCCCCAAAGCCCUCUGGCAGAUUUGGGUUUGGACUACGGAAAUCUUCAAAUACUCCACGAGACCUUACGCCUCCGGUGUCACCCGGUAUUGGGGGAUUCGGGCAAGAAACUUCACCACCGCGAGUAAACAAGCCGUCUCGAGUCUUUGGGUCAAACAUACAUACGUCAGGCGAUGGGUUGGACUCGAAGCUCGCGACAUUGCGAGACAUGGGCUUCCCCGAUGACAAACGGAACUCUACCGUGUUGAAAGGGCUGAACGGCAACUUGGACAGGACCGUAGAAGCGCUGAUCAGGCUGGGUGAGCAAAACACUGGGAAGUCAAGAGGGAGCACCCCUACUCCAUCCACGAAAUCCGGUACGAAUGGCCUUAGUUUCGACAACGCGCAAACAACAACUGCUCCGACUACGUCUAUGAAUCCGUUUGACGCUUUAGAUGCUGCUGCGCCUCCACUUCAGCAGCAGCCGUCGCAUCAAUUUUCGCAAAGUCAGGCCCAGCAACAAAUGUAUGGGAACUCUUCUGCUCAGCCAACGCCUUCGAAUUCGUACAAUCCAUUCUUGUCACAAGCUCAGCAAGGGCAAUACCAGCAACAAAGCUUUGCUCAGCAGUCGCAACCACAACAACAACAACAACAACAACAACAACAGCAAUACAACUACAACUACCAGCAACAGCCUCAGGUCCAGCAACACCAAGGCAUAGACCAGGUAUUCCAAAAUCUACAACUGUCUCACGAGCAACCGCAACAGCUACAGCAAACUCAACAACCGUUGUUUCCAAACAGAACCGGAGGACAUGGCCAGCCCCAAGCUCCGCAGUACUCACAAACGAACCCCUUUCAGCAAUCCUUUACACCGCCACCUAUGCCGCAAAUUCCAGAACAAUACAGUUCUUUCUUCCCAUCCCAACCGCAGUACCAACCAAUGUCUUCUCCAACCAGCCCGGGUAAUCCCUUUUUGAAGUCAUCUCGGAGCCAGACCUUCACGCCCAUGAGUUUGAAUUCAAAUCCGUUUGGACAGCCGCCAGCGCAACAACAGGUUCCUCAACAGUAUCAACAACAACAGUAUGUCGCUCAACAACAAGCUACCCAACAACAGCAACAUCAGCAGCAGCAAGCGUCAAACCCUUUCAUGAUGCAACAACAAACACAAACGCCCACCGCCCAGGCGCCCAAUCCAUGGCAAAAUCAACAACAGACUUAUCAACAACCAAAUUACCAACCAUCUGGACCUCAGCAAACUGCCAACCCCUUUGACAAGUCUUCCAUUCUUGCGCUUUACAACUAUCCGCAACUUGCUCCUCAACCUCCCGAGCGAUCGCAGACGCUACCCUCGCCCGCGCCAGUUUCAGCGCCACAAGCCAGGGAAUUCCUCAGCAUGGUAAACCGCUUUCUGCGGCGCAAACACAAGGGGUCAGACAUGUGA